AUGAUGGAUAACUCAAUUACAAACAAUGCUCUUUCUUCAAAUGUAGUAGUAGAAUCCAAUAAAGAAAGACCCACAGGUUUAUACCAAGAUUUGCCAUGGAACGACUUGAAGCGCCAUUCGAGUCGUCUUUUGCAGUCCCGCGUGGGACGCGACAAACAGCGUUACGAUGGUAAGAUACGAUUACUAGCAUGUAUUGUGGUCUCGCGUCGUCCAGUUGACUCAAAUGAGAAUGAGUUCCUACUCAUUUCAAGUUCCAAACAUCCGACGCAGUGGAUUUUGCCCAAAGGAGGAUGGGAAAAUGACGAGUCCAUAGUUGAGAGUGCAUUGCGUGAAGCGAAUGAGGAAGCAGGGAUCGCUGGUGACAUUGUGGGCUCAUUGGGUUCGCUCGAUUUUGCCAGCCAACAGGGUAAUCCUUGUCGCUUUUACGGCUACAAGCUGCAAGUCAAAGAGGUGUUCCAAGACUGGGCAGAGAACACUCGCCAGCGCAAAUGGGUCUCGUUCGACGAAGCUCGUGAGUUGCUGCAGCACCGACCAGAGCUCGUUGAGAUGAUAUCGCGUGCUGCAGCACUUUGA